AUGGCGCUGGAUAUUGCAGACGAGUCUGAAAGCUUGCAGGGUCGCAAGCAAAAUGCCCGCGAGCGUGCUCAGCAAUGGAUGACCAAAGGUGGUCUCGUUCGGGACGAUUCCGAUGACGAGCUUGGUGAGGAAGACCAUCCAUGGGAUUGGAUAUACGACACGGGAAAAGAGGACACAAAGACAGAAGAGUCGAAAGAACCUGCUGCGAAUGAUGCCGAAGAGAAGUCGAGCCGAAGACGCUCCGCCCGCCCUGGCGCAAAACGCCGACGCACGAUCAUUGGGGCCAGAAUGAAUACAUUCGAAUGCAAAUUGGGCCAGGUUGUGUUGCUCAAAUCACCAGAGCCUGGAAAAGAUUGGGUUGGAAUUAUCACUGAAUUCGUGGAGGAAGAAGAUGAGGAGGAGGAAGGGGGGGUGUUGAAGUCUGCCAACAUAAUGUGGUUUGCCUCUCCAGACGAGUUCAUGUCGACAAAGAACAAGAAGCGAACGGAUGCGUUGCCAAAUGAACAGUACUUGACAGCCGACUUCAACGCCAAUCCUUUGACUUCCAUUAACGGGAAAGCUACGGUUAUGUCCAAGGAUGCCUUCUUUGCCAAGUACCCAGAUGGUGCACCUCCAAAGAACAAGGAGGACUUGGCAGAAUACAACAAAUGCAUUAUUUGUCGAAGGGGCGUGAACCAGCUCCAGGGAAGAUAUACCGAUGAGUUUGUCUGGGAAGAUGUAUAUCGAGAGGAUAGGAUUUUUGAUCUCAUUGACAUGAUCAAGGAUGGGCUAAAAAUGGCCAAGAAGCGCAAAAACGUUGACAAUGAUUAUGUCGAUACUAAGGAUAAGGAUGAUGAUUUUGCUCCUGUAACUCCGAGAAAAAGACAAAAAGUGGCCUCAUUGGGAGCCACUCCACAAUCAUCACGACGUCAAAAGCCCCUUACGACACCAACCCACAAACGGAUCGUAGUCAAGAAGCCCAUCGAGUUUACGCCUCUAGGCACUCGUGUCCUACCUCCCACACAUUUCGAUUCCCCUUAUCGUCAAGCACGCAAUCUUCUACAUGUCUCCACGGUUCCUACUUCGCUCCCCUGCCGAAAGACAGAAUUUGAAACGGUGUAUCAUCAUCUCAGUUCGGCAAUUUUGGAAGGCACUGGCACUUGCAUUUAUAUCUCAGGAACACCAGGCACUGGGAAAACGGCCACUGUCCGUGAAGUUGUCGCGCAGCUUAGUUCAGCUGUGCAUGAUGAAGAAAUGGACGACUUCAUAUUUUGUGAAAUCAACGGAAUGAAAGUCACUGACCCUCAUCAAUCAUAUUCUUUGCUCUGGCAGCACUUGAAGGGUGAUCGAGUGUCGCCCUCCCAUGCACUCGAACUCCUUGAAAGAGAGUUUUCGCAUCCCUCCCCUCGACGAGUGUCAUGCGUUGUCCUCAUGGACGAGCUCGAUCAAUUGGUUACCAAAAACCAAUCGGUGAUGUAUAACUUCUUCAACUGGCCUGCCCUCCGUCAUUCUCGUCUUAUUGUCCUUGCCGUUGCAAAUACGAUGGACCUGCCUGAACGAACAUUGAGCAACAAGAUUUCCAGUCGUCUCGGCCUAACCCGUAUCACAUUCCCGGGUUACAAGCAUAAUGACCUCAUGGAGAUUAUAACUACUCGAUUAGCUAGCGUGCCAGGAAACAUUGUCGAUGCGGAUGCUAUCCAAUUCGCGAGUCGAAAGGUGGCUGCGGUUAGUGGUGAUGCUCGACGUGCACUGGACAUCUGCCGUCGAGCUGUAGAGAUUGCAGAGCAGUCCAGCGAAGCUGCAAAUGCCAAGGAAUCGAACGGAGACCAAAUGGACAUGGAUGAAACCGAAUCCUUACCACCAACACCUACCAAAACUCCAGCUCGUAAAGAGAGAGCCAUGCAAAAACAACUCCAGUCCCCCCAGAAAAAGCAGCCCGAAAAGAGCUCUGCUGGAAGGGUCACUAUUGCCACAAUCAAACAAGCUAUUCAAGAGGCCACCUCAACCCCUCUCCAACAAUCCCUCCGUUGUCUCCCUCUCUCUGCGAAACUCUUUCUUGCUGCCAUGCUGGCUCGUGUACGCCGGACCGGUAUUUCAGAAUCCACAUUCGGAGACGUUCUCGACGAAGCCAAGCGGAUUGCUGAUGCUGCUGUCGCGGUGGCGGGCACAGCUGGCGCAGGUGUAAAAGAAUUCCUGCUCGGAGGUGGCAGCAACGCUCGUGUGAAAGCCUUAAGCUUCGCCUCCAUGGAACUAAUGAAUUCAGGCGUUCUCGCUCUGGAACACGGUGCAGGAACCAAGGGACCGCUUGGAAGCUCUGCCAUCCCAAGCAGGGGUGAUAGAAGCAGCAAAGUCAGGCUCCGUGUUGCACCAGAGGACGUGAGGGCCGCUUUCCGGGAGGAUGAUGAAGCUAGGGGGCUGGGACUGGGAACUGAUCAAUAA